GCACUUCUGCAAAGCGGGGGCUUGAUCCUGUUGGCCCCUUGUCGUCACAUGGGUGUUUCCCGGUGUCUUCUAUUAGCUGACGUCGUCGUCGGAGGCGUCACCGUCGCAAUUUUGCUAGCGUAGCCAUGAAGCUUCAACCUAUGACAUUCUAUUAUGCAAUUCUUCUGAGGUUUAUGGGUUAUUAAACACGUAAUAGUAUUAUUGCAGCAGAAAUUAGUGAGAGAUAGAGGCGGCGUGUAAUGUCACUCCACGCGUCCUUCUCCCUCUAUUCGUGUAUUGAUUAUACUGUGAGCUACAAGCUAACUGAGACAAAGAAGGAAAUUAUCCGGUUUUAUUACCGGAUGGACAUAAAUGAGGAAAAACUGUGAGAAACUCAGUAAUGACAUCGGCAAGGCUGAAUGCUGUGAGAAUCAAGUUUGUAAAGGGGCAGGGCUGUCAUGUUGUGGAGGGCAGGCUUUCAACCCUGAAGGAAGUACCAAAACAGGAUUUUUUUUUAAAGCUGUUACAGUGGGUCUUAGCUGCUGUGGAACGAAGUCCUAUAACCAACUCAAUGAAAUGUGCUGUCAGUCAACCGUUGUACACAAGCCUGUGCCAAAAGCCCAAUGUUGUGGUGAAGAGGCCUUUGAUGUGGAGAAGCAGUUGUGCUGUGGUCCGAAAAAUAACAAGACGGUAGUAACUAAAAAUUCCACUGAAAACCUUUGCUGUGGACGUGAGAUGUUCAACACCAGGAAUGAGUGCUGCUGUGUUGCUUCUUCUAAAAUGAUUGAGAUUCAACCCAUCAAUUCCUCCUGCUGUAAGAAUCAGUCAGCUCUCUGUGAAAAACAGCCCUACAACACUUUCCACCAACUAUGCUGUGAUUACACUGUCGUAAAUAAAACUGUACCACAUGCCCGUUGCUGUGGUAAAGAGGCGUUUGAUGAACACGAAAAAUUGUGUUGUGGUCCACAUGAAGCCAAAAGUACCCAGUGCAAAAUAUCCAGUGGCCACCUGUGCUGUGGAAAGAAGCAGUACGACCCUAAGAUUGAGUACUGCUCUGAGAUGGAUGGAAACCUAAAACCAGAACUGAUCAAUUCCAGCUUCUGCAAGAAGGAUUCAGACAAGCACCAACAGAAACCCUCUUCUCUGCACAUCUGCAAUAAGACGGAGAACUUUCCAUCUUCCAAGUUCUUACGCUGCUGUGACAAAAAACAGCCAAAUUCUCAACAGUGCUGCGCCUCAGAAAAAUGUGACGGUGUCGCCACUGUGUAUGAUCCAAGCACGCACAUCUGCUGCAAUGGCUGUGUUACUGAAUGGAAACCUUGGAAAGAUCAAUGCUGCGGAAAGAAGUCUUAUGGCUUGGCACAACGCGGAGUCCUCUGUUGUAAAGACACCUUGUACCGGUACAGAAAUGAUGGAGAGGUAUGUUCAAAAAUCGGUAUUCCUUAUGACCCAGCUGGAUGGACUUUCUGUGGUUCUAAGUUUCAUCCCUCGCCUAAACAACACUGCUGUGGGAGCCAACUCUAUCAUCCUGAAGAGGAAAUCUGCUGCCAUGGACACAGUCAUGCUAAAACUGGAACCUCCCGCUGCUGCGGGGUGAAUGCCUACAACAUCUCAGACCCGCGGAUGAAGUGCUGUGAGGGGACACUGCACAACCUGACUCAUGGGCACAGUGGACAAGCACAGUGCUGUGGAUCCAGACUGGAAACCCCAAUGAGUGUUUGCUGCUCCAGCGAGGUCAAGAAAGUGCUAUACUCGAUACAGACAGGUUUCGGAUGUUGCGGUCACCUCCACUAUAAUGCCUCACUGUGGUCAUGCUGCGCAGGCAUGCUGACUCCAGCAAAGAACCUAACCAAGAGGAUCAACGAAUCCAAACUCCUGUCAGUAAACAAUCUAAAUGAAUCACAUCUUUUCGAAACAAUGCACAUCGGAGCUGUGGAAAGUGUUUCUCCGGACAGCAUCGUGUUCCGUGAUGUGCUGAAAAUCCAUGGAAGAAAUUUCACUGUGACACCUUUGGCCUUGCCUCACAUCCUGAACACACCUGAUCACUGCAGCUUCCCUAAACUGACCCCAGGAAAGAUCUACUUCUUUGAUGGGAAGACUUUCUUUGCUGAUGUCAACCAUGGUUCUGUUCUCCAGUCACUCCAUUUCAUUAUUUCCAAGUGUUAUCUUACUUAGUUCACCACCUUUACAUGUUACCACCAUCAAGUUCUUUGUUGCUGUAUUCAUAUAUUCUGAAAAAUCUUCAGUCUUUUAUUACUUAUCAGCUUUUAAAAAAGUAACUAUAAUGUUUUUCUAAUACCAUUGUCUUAUGGGACACUGUAAUUAAUAUGUAGACAAUUAAGAUUUGUGGGCUGACAGGCUUUUCUCAUGCACUUUUUAUACUGACCUAAAAACCCUAAUGACUACAAAUACUAUUUAACACACCUGAUUGUGAGCCAGGACAGGUGACGUAGUAUAAAAAGCAACAAAGUCUGUAUUGGGAAGAGGUUGAGGUUGAUGCGUGGGUCAAUCAAACUCAACCUCUGUCCCGUGUGAAGUCAUUCUUGACUUUUUUUGUUCCCUAUCUUUUGCACUGUCCCCACUUCCUUAAGUAUUCUUACCCAAAACACUGUCCUGUUUAACCUUACCAAGUAGUUUUGCUACUUAAACAUGCAACCCUAUUGUGCUUGUUGGUACACAUUCCCAGAAUAUGGCACAAACAAUUACAAAAAAAUAAAUAAUAAUAAUAAUACGAAGUAUCCGAUAAAUUAGGUGCAGCCAGCGAUUCUAAUCCAAUACACUUUUUUCAAAUUCAGUGAGUAUCUUCUCAACAAAAAUGUGGUGGUCAGAAACAGGAUUAGUUGAUAUUUAACCUGGGGUCAUUGCCUUACAUCCUGCGUCACACAGUGAUGUGUGUCUGGGGCGCAUUCUCCAUUGCUUGCAUCAGGUUAUCGUCAUAUUUUUUUUAAUAAGCUAGCAAAAAGUUGUUUGUUUUUUUUGCCUUAACUCUGGGAUUAAACAUACAGAAAGUCAACACAUCCUUGUGAUUGACAGCCAACCCUCCAAAAUGUAAAAGUUUCAGGGCAAUAUUAUCAACAACCUUUUGCAGAGUUUUAAACACUAAUUGAAACAGUAAUCAAUUCUGUAACACAAUACCAAUCACUACAUAAAGACAUUAUCUGUACCCUGUUAAGUAAUACAAUCUGUACUGACUGGUCUUGAAUCUUUCAAUACAAAAGCUGUCCAAAGGCUGCAGCCUGUGCGAGCAGUGGGGUGGGAAGGACAACACGAUUAUACCAUUUUCUUUGGCAAAAUUCAGCCCAUUAAUGGAGAGGUGUGAGCAGUGGUUGUCGAGGAGGAGCAAGCAGGGCUUCUCCUUUGAACACUUGGCAUGCUCCACAAAAUGAUGGAGGAAAUCGAAAAAGUGUUGCUCUUUCAUCCACCCUGUCGGAUUUGCUCCACAUUUGCUGCCAGGUGGCCCAUUGUUGAUGAAGUGAUCACGAAAGUGCACCCGAGGAAAUAUAAAGUAGGGGGGAUACUGUUCCCUGUGGCUGAGACUGCGCAGGCAAGGGUCACCAGGGUACCCCUUUCCCCAGAUGUCAGUGACCCCACCUGCUUGAACCCACGCCUGGCUACCAAUCGGUCUGGUUUCUGUACCGUUGUCACGCCAGUUUCACCCAUGUUCCAGAUAUCUCCUGGUCCCAGGGAAUCUCUGGUUAACACUUUCCCCAGAUUGUCAAAAAAAGACUUAACAUUAUCCUUGUUAAAGGCACUUGCUCUGGCAAGGCUAAUUGCUUCUGGUUUUCUGAGUGAGAGUGAAGGGUGCCGCUUUAGGAAGCCUGUAAACCAUUCAGCGCUGGCUUUUUCUUUGUCAGACCAAGCUUGAGGAAAUUUCAGGCCCUGUGCCACUGCAAAUUCAUAUGCCAGCUUUCUCACCUCAGAUGGGAACAAACCAAAAUAGAUGUCAGAUGAUCUCUUAAUAUAUUUCUCAACCUGUAGUUCCAUCUCUGUACCAAAAACCUGCCGUGGGGAUUUGUACCCAACCACUGUAGUUGGGACAGCUGUCUGACUCUGUAUUUCAGCUGGGGUGAACGUCUUGCAGUACCGAGCCAAGGUACGGUAGUUGACAUUAAAAUCCUUUGCUGUACUCCUGAUACACUUUUUAGCUAGGGUCACCUGUCUGACUGCCCUCAGCAUCACGUCAGGCGCUGCACUGCCAUGUUCUGUUUCUCUUUUGUAAUU